AUGAGCGACGAAAGUUGUUUGAGUUUCUCUGAAUUCGACGAAAAAGCAAAUAAAAAUGGGCGACCAAAUGGUUCAGAUGACAGUUACAUCAAUUCAAGUUCAGAUCAGGAUUCAGUUGGCUACAUGAACAAGAAAGCUCCCGGCAAAAUUAGAGGACGUCGAGGAAAGGCAAAGAAGAUCUUGACACCAGAAGAAACUGACGGAAAGAGACUUUUGGCCAACUCUCAAGAACGUGAUCGAAUGGAUAAACUGAACAGUGCUCUUGAGGCUCUCAGAAGGGUUCUUCCAAACGAAACCUUUCUUCACAAUCGGAAAAUGUCAAAAAUAAAAACAUUGACAACGGCAAGGAACUACAUAGCAUCACUAAGUGACAUGAUCCGACAACACGACGCUACCAUUGGAUUACAUCAAACUUCAUCAUCGUGUCUGUAUACACCAAGUAAUGAUUGUACUAAUUACUCGUCGUAUAGUACCACACCCGACUCGUCCCUCGGAGAAUCUAGGAUACCAGCUUAUCACAAUUUUGAUCACUUACGUGACCAAGGUUACGGAUCUUCACCAGAACUCUUCAAUCCAUUUACGUAUCCGAAUAAUAUGCAGAAAAUUUCUGCUGAAGAUCAAUACUCUCGAAUGGUUUACAGUCCAGAUUAUCGGGAAUCGUUUAUGCCGAACAUACAUCGUGCUGUUACUGGAGUAAUGAUGGCCCGACCAAUAUGUGAAGCUUCUCAAGACUUCUAUACAUCCACACCCCUAAGUUCAAGAUCUCAUCCUUAUAACAGAAGAUAA